AUGUUCUUGAGUGCUUCAUAUCAGUUUUCGAUUAUCAAUACAUUAGCCGUUCACCGCUCAUUGCAUCUACUGGAUCGUUUGUAUAUUGGUGGACCUCAUGAUGUUCGUGGAUUUGGCUGGAAUACAAUAGGAGGACGAGCCGACGGUUUCUCAUGCGUUGGAGGAGCUACUUCUGCCAUUGGAGUUUUGCAUAUUUACAGGCCACUUUUCCCACCAGAAAUGUUGUUUGCACAUUCAUUCGUUGCUGGAGGAGCUGUAGCGUCGGCUGAUUCUCGACAUCGACUUCGUGAUAUGUCAGAUGCUCUACGUAUUAGUGCUGGAUUGGGGCUAACAUUUUUAAUCAAAAAUUUUGUUCGGGUUGAGCUGAAUUAUGUUAUUCCGCUGAAAUAUAUGUCAGGUGAUCAGUGUACGCCAUCUUUCCAGAUGGGUGCUGGUCUUAACUUCUUGUAG